AUGUUCAUGCUCCUGCUGGUGCACUACGCAUUCUACCUGCUGGUGGCCCCGAGCUGCCCCUACCAGGUGUGUGGGCCGCCUCUGUACGAGCUCGGCGUCAUUGCCGAGGCCUGGCCCUCCUGCACCAUGUGUGAGACCCAGGUGGGCCCCGCGGCCACGCAACAGGUUCCGAACAGCAGCGGUGGCGAGGCCUGGGCACCCCUGGGCUUGCCCGCCUGCAGUUCGGGGCGUGGGUGUGUCCCGGCCUGUGCGGUGACACCUGCAGAGUGUUCAGAGACCACACCAGGGCUUCCACGGGAGUGGACUAAGCCGGAGCCUGGCCACUCCGCCGCCCGGUGGUCACCACGUCCGCAGGCUCAAGUGUAUGCGGAGCCCAAGCGCUUCCUCUACUACCUGGGCUACGGCGAGCGGCUCCACACGUCUUUCCCACUGAGCUCCCUGCGGCCCAGCCUGGUGGGUGCCUGGAGGCUGCUGGAGGCCAUCUUCCUGGGCUGGACACUGAGGCCCGGGGGUAGCCGCAGUCCGCGCCAGCUGCUCCUGUGCUACUGGAGGAUGCGGCCCAUGUUCCGGAAGCCGCUUGCGAACCACACACGGUGCCCCUACGGCUCACUUCUCCGGAUGCACUGCCUGCUGUGGGGGCCGGCCAUGCAGGUAUGGUCCCCAAGGCCAGCCGCUGACCCCCAGGAGGACACGGGCUCCCGGCGCCUGCGCCUGGUGCGGCUCCUGCAGCAGCAUAGCAGCCCGUGGCAGGUGCACGUGUUCCUGCAGGCCUGUCUGCGCCGCCUGGUGACGCCCCCCCCCGGCCUCUGGGGCUCCAGGCCCAACAAGCUCUGCUUCCCAAAGAAUACAAAGAAGUUCAUUUCGCUGGGGAAGCACGCCAAACUCUCCCUGCAGGAGCUGACCUGGAAGGUGAGGGUGCAGGACUGCCCCUGGCUGCUCGUGAGCUCAGGGCGUGGCCACAUCCUGACCAUGGAGCACAGACUGAGGGAGGGGAUCCUGGCUAGGUUCCUGUUCUGGCUGCUGGAUACUUAUGUGGUGGGGCUGCUCAGGUCCUUCUUCUACGUCAUGGAGACCACAUUCCAGAAGAACCAGCUCCUCUUCUACCACAGGAGCGUCUGGGCUGCAAAACGUGAGCAUCAGGUACCACGUCACCUGGAGCAGGUACAGCUGCGGAAGCUGUCGGAUGCAGAGGUCCAGCAGCAGGCCAGGUCAGCCCUGCCCAUGACCAGACUGCGCUUCAUCCCCAAGCCCAGCGGACUGCAGCCCAUUGUGAACCCGGACUCUGUGGUGGGAGCCAGAAUGUUCCGCAGGGAGAAGGCCCAGCCCUGGACCUCGCACAUCAGGACGCUGUUCAGUGUGCUCAACUACGAGCGGGUGCAGCAGCCCAGCCUGCUGGGUGCCUCUGUGCUGGGCCUGGGUGACGUCCACCAGGAGGCCCUGGGGGCUGCAGCUGACCCGGCCCUGACCGCAGACUUCAAGACCAUCCUGGACUGA